AUGAUGCAUAACGUUGAAAUUAUCAAAGUUGACAAUAGGAAGAAAUUCCGCUGUGACGUUGAUGGAUGGCAGAAUUUUGAAUUACAAUCGCAAAGUUUUCGAAGUCGCGACGAGUUUGAUGAUUUCAUGCAAUACAUCAAAAUGGGAACAGAUGAUGUGAUAACAACUAUUUCUGGGGGGGGGCAGAGCAAGACAUCUUGCGGAUUCGCUUUCAAGGAGGAUGUGACAUGGGACGAAGAAAGUGAUCAGUCAUUGCACCUGUAUCAUGAAUUUGAUGAAUCCGCCAGUGAGAAUGAGCAUGAUAUCAUAGAAAUAGCAGCAUCAGCAAAUAUAUCAGGGGAAAUUUUGUCAUGUGAUCGUUUCGAAUACACAAAAUAUUUUAACGCAUUACUUGUUAAAGAUAUUCGAUUGGUUAGUGAUUUCAUUGGCACCAUGGGCGACAACCAAGAUUUGGUUUUCUAUAUAAAUGACAACAGUGUGGAGGAAUUGAAUUACAAAGUCAGUGAUGCUUUAAGCUUUGCUAAACAAAGUAUGAUAUAUCAAACGAAUUGUGAAAUUUCGUAUCGAAAAUCGGAUCAUAAGAAUAUAUCAACAAAGGGAAUAACCUCUUGCGCAAACAUGCCAGAAAUUCACAAACAAAGCACGAUAGAUGGACGUGAAUUUAGUACUAUUUCUGGGACGUUAACGUGCUUUCAUGAAAUGGGUAACUUUACUGUUUAA